UUGGGAUAAGAACGCUGCGUUAUUUUCUCCCCCUCACCCCUCCGUCACCCUUUUUUUUUUUUUGGAGAAGUGGACUAUUUCCCAGCUUGGGUAUCCGCUCGUGUUUUUUCUUCUUCUUCUUUUGGAAACGUUUGCCGCUUUCCCUGUAGACCAGAACGGAUCGUGAUCCCGCGUGAUGGUGCGGGACUAUCGGGACUAACACACGCUCUCAUUCGGAAACUGCUUGUGGGACUGGUAAAAAAUGAAAGCUCCCAUUCCUCUUCUGAUCCUGCUUCACGCCGUUGUGGUCCAUUGCCUGAAAGUGGUGUCGAAGAGAGGCUCAGUGGAGGGCUGCACGGAUUGGUCGGUGGACUACCUGAAAUACAAGGUGCUUCUGGGGGAACCUGUGCGGAUUAAGUGCGCGCUGUUCUAUGGAUACAUCCGGGCCAACUACACCCAUGCGCAGAGCGCAGGACUUAGCCUCAUGUGGUACAAAAGCGCGGGACACGGGGACUUCGAGGAGCCCAUCAGUUUCGACGGCACGAGGAUGAUCAAGGAGGAGGACGCCAUCUGGUUCCGGCCGGCCGAGCUGGACGACAUGGGGUACUAUUCCUGCGUGUUACGGAACUCCACGUACUGCAUGAAGGUGUCCAUGUCGCUGACGGUGGGGGAGAACGACACCGACGUCUGCUACAACUCCAAGAUGAGGUUCUUCGAGAAGGCGGAGCUCAGCAAAAGCAAAGACAUCGUGUGCCCGAGCAUCGAGGACUACGUGCUGCCGGGAGUGGAGCCCCAGGUCAUGUGGUACAAGGAGUGCAAGCCAAAGCAGUGGAGACAGACCAUCGAAAGGAGGCGGGACUCCCUGUUCAUCAAGGAAGUACGGGAAGACGACAUUGGGAAUUACACGUGUGAGCUGCAGUUCGGGAGCUUCGUGAUACGGAGGACGACCGAGCUGUCCGUCACGGCUCCCCUGACUGACAAGCCGCCGAAGAUCCUUUCCCCCUCGGAGAGCCAAAUGAGCGUCAUAGAGAUGGCAAUAGGAAGUCCCGUCAACCUGACGUGCCGGGCGUUCUUCGGCUACAGCGGCGAGGUCAGUCCUCUCAUCUACUGGAUGAAGGGCGACAAGUUCAUCGAGGACCUGGACGAGGAGCGCGUUCAGGAGAGCGACAUCAAGACAAUCCGGGAGCACCUCGGGGAGCAGGAGGUGUCCAUCUCUCUGAGCCUCGACUCUCUGGAGGAGAGCGACCUGGGCAACUACUCCUGCUACGUGGAGAACGGCAACGGGCGGCGGCAGGCCGGCAUCCUGCUCACCAAGACAGUGGAGCUGAUGUACACGGUGGAGCUGGCCGGGGGCCUGGGGGCCAUCCUGAUGUUGCUCAUCUGCCUGGUGACGCUCUACAAGUGCUACAGGAUUGAGAUCAUGCUCUCCUACAGGAGCCACUUUGGCAGCGAGGAUAUAGACGGAGAUAACAAGGACUACGACGCCUACCUGUCCUACACCAAAGUGGACCCGGACCAGUGGAGCCAGGAGACCCGAGAGGAGGAGCGCUUUGCCCUGGAGAUCCUCCCCGACGUGCUGGAGAAGCAUUAUGGGUAUAAACUCUUCAUUCCAGACAGGGACUUGAUCCCCACAGGAAGUUUCACCAAUGAUCAUUUCCAGGAUGACACAAGACUACUUAGAGCCUACAUCGAGGACGUGGCGCGCUGCGUGGACCAGAGCAAGCGCCUCAUCAUCGUCAUGACGCCCAGCUACGUGGUGCGCAGGGGCUGGAGCAUCUUUGAGCUGGAGACGCGGCUGCGCAACAUGCUGGCGACCGGCGAGAUCAAGGUCAUCCUGAUCGAGUGCGCCGAGCUGCGCGGCAUCAUGAACUACCAGGAGGUGGAGGCCCUGAAGCACACCAUCAAGACGCUGACGGUCAUCAAGUGGCGCGGGCCGUCCAGCAACCAGCUCGACUCCAAGUUCUGGAAGCAGCUGCUCUACGAGAUGCCCUUCAAGCGCAUGGAGCCACUGACCAUCUCCCACGAGCAGGUGCUGGACGUCAGCGAGCAGGGUCCCUUUGAGCUCCAGACCGUCUCGGCCGUCUCCAUGGCGGCGGCCACGUCCACCGCCAUGGCGGCGACGACGCACCCGGACUUGCGCUCCACCUUCCACAGCUCCUGCCACACCCAGAUGAGGCAGAAACACUAUUACCGUAGCUACGACUACGACCUGCCGCCCGGCGGCACCCUCCCGCCGCCGCUCGCCGCGCUCGGCAGCCAGCACACCUACUGCAACAUCCCCAUGACGCUGGUCAACGGACAGCGGCCGCCGGCCAAGUCGCCGCGGCAGCAGAGCAUGGAGGAGGCCCACGGCAACAACGCCAUGCUGCCGCUGCUGCCCAGGGAGACCAGCAUAUCCAGCGUCAUCUGGUGACGCAGGCGGCGCGGAUCUAUUGCGUUGUGGCGCGCGGUCCCUGAACGCACCGCAGCCGGUUGGACCUGAAAGACGGCGAGUUCAAAUUUGCACCAGAAAACAUCAGGGGGGGGGGGGGGGCAACGGACUCGCGAUGGAGGGGUCAGGUUGUUUGUUUUAGUUUUGGUCCAAUUGGAGCUUUUAUUGAAUAUGAAUAAGAAGGAGAAAAAAAGAGAACUUUUUUUUGUAUGCCUGUAUAAACACAAGCCAACACCCACGAUCAUUUAGCCAGAAGGUUCAAGGAAUACAGGGUCCUGUACAUACGGUUUUAGAAUUAUUUGUAGCAUCAGUGUUUGGAAAUUGUUUCUUCUCAUGUUUUAUCAUCAGUUGUGUUUUUUCUUUUUCAUAAAUAUAUUUUGUUUUGUUUUGUUUUGUUUCAGUUUGUACAAAUGUGAAGCAAUGGCCUGUGAGAUGUUUCGGAUAAUCCAUUGUUUCUUUAUCUUAAUUUGAUAGGUGGUGUCGUGGGUGUUAGAGUUUCAGCCUUCGGAGAUAUGAGAACAAUUUGAGUUUGUAUUUUCUGGGAGUUUCAGCUCCACCGGCGGCUGUAACGGGUUGAGGAUCUGGACUCACCCAGAAUAUGCAAAAUAGAGAGUCCAGGGCGCCGGGACGAGAUUUCACAAAUCGAUCAUAUUCGAACGCUGACGGAGAAGUCAUAUCUGUGAGGGACGAUAUGAAGAAUAUGGUGCUAUAGGCUCUGUUUCUCUCACGGUAACAUUUACUUUUUAAAAAGGAAGAGAAGAAAAAAAAGGAGGGGGUAAACAGCCUUGCUAUUUACCUUAACAGAUGAUUAUAUCACCGAACAAAUUAAUGUGUAUUAUUUUAUGGAAAAAGUCUAUUUUUGUAACAAUAAUUUGCUGAUAGAUGUUAUAACUAUAACGUUUCAGAUGGAAGGAUUGGGGAAACAUAAUACAAAAAAAAUUAAAUAUAACAAUUUUUUGUUAUGUGGAACUGCACAGCUCACGAAGAAUGGAUCGAUAGGUCGUUCACUAAAUGUCUUAUAUCACCAGAGGGGGGACAUACGCAGUUUGUUGGGUUGUUUUCAUCAUUAAAUAGAGGAGUUUUGACAUUUUCAUACAAACUGUGGAUCGCAGCUCAAGCAGGCUUUUUUAUUUUCAUGUCCUUGGAGUUCACAGCUGAUUUAACCGGGUGUCUGUGAUGUCGGUGCAUUGGAUAUUAUUUAUCUGAUAAUAUAUAUUAUCGGACGAAUAAAGUGGGGCUUUCACGUCUCGGUCCCCCGGCUGCUUGACGCUGGAGUUUCAUUUCAUAAAUGAGACUGAAAACAUCUGAAAUCCCCAUAUAAAACUGUUAAUGUUAGGUUAUUGAUAUUAAAAAGUAACACGUUAGAGGACGAAAUCAAUUAUAUUUAUGACCUUCUGACCAGUAAUCCUCCUGCGGUGGAAACCCCUUUCCAAAUUAGAUGUAAUUAAUCCUGAAGAGAGACAAGAAUGUAUUUUUUUUAAUGCAUAUUAAAUCCUGGAGUAUAUGUAACCAUACUAUAGUGAUGCUACUUGGAGCGAGUUAGACCAAAGCAAAGUCACAAUCUCAUUCACAAAAAUGGUCCUUUGUGAUCAAUAUGAUGUCAUCAGAUCAUACGAAACGAGAGCUAUCUAUAUCCACUCGGACCCGCCUGCGGAUGUGCCAUAUUAUUAUUAUUAUUAUGAUAAUUUGUUGUUUCGGGAAACUAACCUCACACUGCGAGCAUCCAGUCACGUCGAGACGUUUCCUUUAGUGCCAUAAAAUAUGCAAAGUGAUGAAAAAAAGGUGUUUUGCCACCCCCCCCCCCCCAUCCCCCACACCCUGGCCCCCUGAUUUAUCUUCAGUUCUGAAAAUUCAAUAUUUUAAGGACAGGCCUGUGUCGAUGCUGACACAUUGGAACAGUCCUUUAUUUUGAGAUCUUUCAAUCGAUCAAUAGAUUGUUUGUGAGAGACCAGGCCUGUUUUUAAUCCACUUCAAUCAGUGCCCCCCCGCCCCCCCUCCCUUAAGACACGGAUUUCAAGAGCGCCGUUCCCUGGACAGAGGUCUUGUUGUUCUCUGUGACGUGGGACUGUGUAAAUAUAACCGAGACAAUAACGGGAUUAAGACGAAGACAAUCGAGCCAUAUUCACCAACCCGGCGGCCGUUAUUCGCGAGGGCCCCCUCACAGUAGGACUACGGGGCCCUCGAGGAGGUCGACCUCGUAGAAUCCAUGAGGUUUUUUGUCGGGAGUUUCGGCGUCGGCGUUCCGGCUCCGGGGAAUCUGCGAACGCAAACAUUUUCCAAGAUGCCCGACAUCGACGCAUCUUUGUUUCACGAGGAAUUUGGAACACGUGGGGCGACGCAGGCUUUUGAUGGGAAAGAAGAAGAAGACGACGACAACACCGAUGACGAUGAUUAGCAAUGACAAUAUAGAGCACAGAAUUAUUCCAGGCACUUUCACGACUCUUGAGACGACGUCUCUCCUGUUUCUGAUUUAUUUUCUAUUAUGUAUCAGCAAUGUUCAUUAAAAGAGGUACUGUUAUUAUUAAUAAAACCACAUUUACGGUACUGAGA